GAUUAUUGAUGUAGAUUGGUUAUUCACGUCAAAUGCUGAACUUAUAUUAGCGAUUGCGACAUCGCGAAAAAUAUUGUUUUAUACUCGAGUACGAAAACAUCAUGUUUCUGUCAGAACUAGCUGGAUUCUGUUUUUGGAGAUCAAUAUACAGAGUAACCUACCGUUACCAAUUUCUGCAAUAUUAUGGGGUAGUGGAGGUUCGCUUAUUGUCGCUAACGGAAAUCAACUAAGGUGUUAUAAUAAAUGGUUGAAUCAUGAGUAUAUUAGUAAAGUUACAGGAAUAAAUAAACCAUUCCCUACAUUAUUUCACGUUGUUGAUCAUUUAAAUGGUCCUCUACCUCAUCACCAUCCAACUUUACUAUUGCAACAUAUUUUGUGGGGUAAAAUGGAAUUGGUAAAGCAAAUGCUUGCACGCCUUUGUAAAUACCUUAAACUUUUAAUUGGUGCUAAUAAACCUAUUUCGAGAAUGCUUCCUGUACCAUUUGAUAAGAUACUUGAAGAUGAUGCUUCAACGGCAUCAAAGAAGACUCGUCGAUAUAGCAUUCUUUUUGGCGAGGAUAGUGAUGACGACGACUCACAAGAAUCUGUUCUUGAUUUUACAGAAGAAGCUGCGAAUUUCUUAAGUGAACAAUUAAAAGUAAUUUCCUUACCAGAAUUGACGUCUGUUGAGCAAGCACAGCUACUUGCUUUAGUUAAUACAUUAACUCAGGUGGAAAGUCAAAAAAGGAGUUUAGACGAAAAUGGAGUUCGAUACGUAUUAUUCAUGAGAAGGUAUCAUUAUUUGAAUCGAGCUACUUUCAGAGCUCCUGGAUUAAGUUAUCGUGAUAUGAAUUGGGCACUACAUAGUGAUUCUCAGGAUCUGCUGGUUGAGUAUAGUAUCGCAGCAUCAGGUGGUAAGAUUCUAUGGAAUGACGCAAGAGUCCAUGGGAUUUUUUUAUGGCUUAGAAAUAAUGAAGCUGCGCGACAACAGAUGGAAAUUAUAGCUCGUAAUCAUUAUAUGCAAAAAGAAGAAAGAGAUCCAACAGAUUGUUCACUUUUUUAUAUGGCAUUAAGAAAAAAAAAAUUAUUGCUGGGAUUAUGGAGAACAGCCAAUAACCAUAAAGAGCAGGCUGUGAUGCUAAAAUUUUUGUCAAACAAUUUUGAUGAGCCAAAAUGGAAGACUGCAGCUUUGAAGAAUGCAUAUGUAUUAUUGGGAAAACAAAGAUAUGAAUACGCAGCUGCAUUCUUUCUUCUUGGUGAUAAAUUAAAGGAUGCUGCAAAUGUGUGUUUAAAAUAUUUAGAUGAUUUUCAAUUAGCUAUUGCUAUUUGCAGAGUUUAUGAAGGUGAUGAAGGAUCCACUUUGAAAAGUAUACUUGAAAAUCAUGUUAUUCCUUUAGCUGUGAAGACAGGAGAUCGUUGGUUAGCUAGCAUGGCGUUCUGGAUAUUGAACCAAAGAGAUCGGGCUGUUAAAGCUAUUAUGGUACCUUUAGAAACCUUGUGCGACACUUCUAUGAAACAACAAACUUCUUCGUCGACAAAUUCUAUGAUAUCUACAGAAUCGCCGGACGCCGCACUAAUAGUUCUUUAUAAACAACUUAAAGAAAAAUCUGUUCAAACUCUUCGGGGUGCAUCCGAAAUUUCUUCAGAGACCGAAUAUUGUUUUGUAUUACGCAGCAUCUUUGCAUAUGAUAGAAUGGGAUGUCCUCUGCUGGCUUUACAUCUUGUUAAAACGUGGUUAUUUGCACCAGAAUCAAUGUCAAAAAAUCCUCAUCACAUAUUAAGAUCCCGACGCAGAACAACAAUACUUGAUAUUCCGUUACUAGACAAUGACAUUAGAAUAUCAAGUGGUGUUGUAAAUUUUAAUAAUUGGAGUUGGGAAACUGACGCAGAUGUGGCUUCCUCUCCAGUCUCACCUAGAUCAAGUAGUAAAUUUUUGUUUGAUGACGAUAAUGCGAAUAACUUAUUAUCCGAUGAUCCACAGACAAAUCUUCGCUCUGAUAAUGCGUCCAAUGGUACUGAUAUGUGGGGUUGGAAUGCUUAUAAAAAUAAUUCAAGUAAUUUAAGUGAUAGUUACACUGAAAAAGGUAAUUCGGCAAAUAUUACUUUGUUGGAUGAUGUAGAUUUUAACAACUACAAGGUUGCACUUGUCAGACGAUUAGAACAGGUGUUUGGAAGUUGGCUCUUCUGA